ACGGAAUUCUUGUUCAGCAUAAAAAAUUACCUAUAUAUCAAUAAAAUUUGACAAAGAAUAACGAAUAGGUAAGAUAAUACAUGACGAUGGUAAAAUGUAUUACUAAUACAACUUUGUACGUAUUUUUUCCCAAUUUCUCAUUAAGACGCUAACAGCGACGAGGAAAAUGAUGAUCCCGUAAUGACUACUCGAAACCAACAGCCAUUACAUUAUUAUACGAGAGAAUCUACUGACAACGUCUGCAUUGACUUCUUAAAACUAGUUCGACAGUCGCAAAUCAGCAAACAACAAUCUCUACAGUUUUUAUUAUUCAUUAAAAAUAUUUUACCUGUACCAAAUCUAAUGCCAAACACAUUGGAUAAAAUACUAACUCAGCUAAAUAUCACGAACUAUUUUUACAAACGGGCUAUAUGUAUAUUAUGUGAGAAACAACUCAAAAAUGAACAAACAAAAUGUGACGUUUGCUCGACGGCUAACCCAAAACACACAGCCACAUUCUUGACACAAACUUUUCAGCUUUAUUAUCAUCAGUCGUGACACGUCUAGCUAAAGAGAUUCAACGAUUUAAGCAGCACAUAUCAACAGCGAAUCCAACAACUCCAUAUGAUAUUCCAUUCGGUAAACAAUAUCAGAAACUAUUAGCUGAAUGUCCUGGUCAGAAUUUAUUAUCAUUAGUGAUUCACCUUGAUGGUGUUGGCCUGGUGAAAUCCACUAAUCUUAAAUUAUGGCUGUGCAGCGUUUCUCUGAUUGAAUUACCACCACAUAUCCGUACCAGACGACAUAACAUGCCACUACUAUCCAUGUAUAUUGGACAUACAGAACCUAAUGUCAAAAUUUGGCUAAAAUGGAGUUUAAAUAUGGUAAAUCAAUUAAAACGUGAAGUUGUCCCUGCAUAUAUUCAAAGUUUACAUUAUACGGAAGAUCCUGUCAAAUUUUGA